AUGUUCAGGAGAGAGAGUGGAGGCCGUGAGGGUUUGCGCCCUGAGAACACCAACAGUUCUUAUUCAACAGACGUCCUGGAAGAAUCAAGUGACUUCACAGCAUUUUUAGCCGGAGCAGAACUGAAGCAGGAUGAUUGUUCUUCAAGUCUGGCUGCUGAUUUCCCAGCAGUUUCUCCAAGCCCAUCCACUCGCAAUGAGGAUGUGAUGACGGAUGGCUGGAGGAGCCGUAGGAAGCAUGUGUUUGUGCUGAGCGAGGCAGGUAAACCGAUUUACUCACGCUACGGCAGUGAGGAGGCCCUGUCUUCUGUGAUGGGGGUCAUGAUGGCUCUGGUGUCCUUUGUUCAGGUGGGCGGAAACACCAUUCAGUCCAUUCACUCAGAUGGACACAUAAUCGUCUUCCUGCAGAAAGGACCUUUGGUGCUUGUUUCAGCAUCAAAGAGUCAUCAGUCUGAGCUGCAGCUUCGCUCUGAGCUCCUGCAUGUUUACCAUCAGAUAGUCAGCAUGCUCACCCAGGCCAGCAUCAAUCGCAUUUUCCAGUGCAGGAAGAACUAUGACCUCCGCCGCCUCCUGUUUGGAUCUGAGAGGGUUCUAGAUGCUCUGCUGGAUGUUAUGGAGACUGAGGCUGGCUUCUUGCUCUCAGCUGUCCAGUGCCUGCCCUUGGCUCCUUCUACCAGAGACACUAUCAGUCAGAUCCUGCAGAAAGCCAUCACCCCAAACCUGGUCCUGUCGAUCUUACUCUACAACGGGCAGCUCGUCUCCAUCGUCCAGGAGAAGAUGGUCAUUGAAGAUGCCAGGCUAAAGUCGACUGACCUUCACCUCCUUUUGAACCUCAUUCGAGCCUCCUCAGCCUUCCAGACCGGUGAGAUUUGGACCCCCAUCUGCCUCCCCUGCUUCAAUCCGGACUGCUACUUCUAUACGUAUGUAGCCUAUCUGGAUCCUCCUGACUGUACCAUCUGCCUUGUGCUACUGUCCACUGAUAAGGACGCUUUCUAUGCUGUGGCAGAGUGUAAGAGGAAGAUUGAGGAGGGCGUCAGAACCCACAAUGCUUUGCAGUGCAUCUCAAAAGUGCAACUGUGUCAAGUUUGCCAUGUUGGCGUGGCUGAGCUGAGGCACUUCCUUUUCAAGCCUCUUGAUGUUCCAGACCACCACAGCCAGCUGCCACAAUUCACCAGUCCAGAGGUGGAGGCACCAUACAGUACUGAGGAGAAGCGGAUCUACCUGAUGGACCUGUACUGGCACCUCCACAGCCGAAUCCACAGCACCUUGCGGCCCAUUAAACUCCUCUAUCACGCCACCCAGAGAGAGACCCUGCUUGCAUUGGUCACUGGCAAGUUUGAGAUGUACGCCUGCUUUAGUCCACUGGUCACCAAGUCCACAGCCAUUGGUGCAGUCACUAAGCUGCUGCGCUGGAUCAAGAAGGAAGAAGACUGUCUCUUCAUUCGUUCUCCCCCAAAAUACUCCACCACCCCACCAGAGGCCAGAGGCUUCUCCAACAGCAGGGUACAGACCAACAAGCAGGACAAAUCAGACAGCAGUGUUCUCUCACUCAUAUAGUGACCAGUGGCUAUUAAAGAUUGCCUGGACUUACUGGUAGACUCUAUAUCCUAAGAGAG